AAAAGUAAAAGCAAGUGGUGCGGUGUGGCGAUAGGAGGAGUAAGGAAGAGAAGGGUUUUUCAGUUUAGUUAUCGACGCCGAACAACACGAUCCCCCAUAAUUCGGGCUGCAUCAUCCAUUUGAUUUCGGCAACAUAACAUACUUGACAGCGUUCCUAUCCUCUUUUUUUCAAAAAAACUCAAAACUCAAAAUUCCAAUUUACCAAACCCAAAAUUCCCUCCCUUCUUUACCCUUUUUCUCUCUUUCUUCGUGUGUGUGUGUGUGUGUGUGUGUGUGUAUAGCAUAACAUCGAACAUCGAAAUUCGAAUAGUUUAAGGAAAGUAUUGAUGGCUGGGUACAGAGCUGAUGACGAGUACGAUUACUUAUUCAAGCUGGUUCUGAUUGGUGAUUCUGGGGUUGGCAAAUCCAACUUGCUCUCGAGGUUCACCAGGAACGAGUUCAAUUUGGAGUCCAAAUCCACCAUAGGGGUCGAAUUCGCCACCAAGAGCUUGAGUAUUGAUGCCAAGGUCAUCAAGGCUCAGAUUUGGGACACUGCUGGCCAGGAAAGGUACCGUGCCAUUACUAGUGCUUACUACCGAGGAGCUGUUGGUGCCUUACUUGUUUAUGAUGUCACACGCCGUGCCACAUUUGAGAAUGCUGCACGGUGGUUGAAAGAGUUGAGAGAUCACACAGACCCCAACAUUGUGGUUAUGCUUAUUGGAAACAAGUCGGAUCUUCGACACCUUGUUGCUGUCCCAACAGAAGAUGGAAAAUCUUUUGCAGAAAGGGAGUCUCUCUACUUCAUGGAGACAUCUGCUUUGGAAGCAACCAAUGUUGAAAAUGCAUUCACUGAGGUUCUUACUCAGAUAUACCGCAUAAUGAGCAAGAAAGCAGUUGAGGCCGGCGACAAUGGCAGUUCUUCUGUCCCGUCUAAAGGACAGACAAUAAACGUGAAAGAGGAUUCUUCAGUUUUGAAGAGAUUUGGAUGCUGCUCAAAUUAAGAUGCAUCGUCUAUGGCAAAUUGGUUUUUAAUAGCAUAUGUCAAUCUUGUAAAUGCCUACACGUGAAUCAUGAUAUCUUCUCGUAGAAUAAGGCCAGGCUUACACAGUUGUUUUGGAUAAUGUUUACAAGCAUCAUCCAUAUGCAGGAUUUAUGUUUAGUUAAAGGGUCUUUCUAAAAACAUUCAAAAAAAUCGGUCUACCCAAUUUCAUAUUUAUAGGUGACAGAUUUUAUUUCCAUGAUUUU